GUGUUUAAAGGAGAAAGUCAGGAGUGUAGGAAGUCGCAUUCAUUUCACUCAUCUCUACUCCUCAGCUUAAGAUGGGACCUCUCUGUUUCACUCUUGUUCAGGUCUUACUUCUGUGCAGUCUGCCAGCUGAUCACAUGUGAAAAAGGCCUCUGGACUAUGCCAACCAACCAGUUAACAAAAAAAUGAACAACUGAAUGAAUAUUUGCAUGGUUGAAAAAGCCUAGGUCAUGUUCUGAGAACCCGCAGCAUUGGUGGCCAUGAAGCAGUGCCCAACUCAAGGCCAUAUAUGGCCCUUUUGCUUAAAGAUGGGAAGGCCUGGUGUGGAGGAUUCCUUGUGGCAGACCAGUGGGUCGCUAGUGCAGCUCAUUGUCUUCAUGGGAUGAAAAGUGAGGAGUUCUCAGUUGUCCUGGGUGCCCAUUCAAUUUAUAAGGAUGAUUCAUUUAAAGAAGUCUUCAAAAUCCAAAGCUAUUUCCUUCAUUCUGAGUUCAAAGAAGAUCCCAGACAAAAUGACAUCUUGUUGAUGAAGUUGAAUGAGAAAGUGACCAUCUCACCAGCUGUGAAGACCAUUGGGUUUCAGAGAGUAAACCAAGAUGUCAGUCCUGGUACCAUGUGCCUUGUUCCUGGAUGGGGAAGCACCAGCAGCUCAGGAAGGAAACCAGAGAAACUUCAGGAAGUUGAGGUUCCAAUUAUCAGUCGUACAGUGUGUAAUGGGAGACGUGAUCAUGACGGCAAUGUUAAUGAAAAUAUGCUGUGUGCUGGAGGUCUACGGAAGGAUGCUUGUGAGGGUGACUCUGGAGGACCUCUGGUAUGUAAUGGAAUUGUUGAGGGCAUUGUAUCUUUUGGGCCUAGUGUCUGUGGAGGCAAAAAAUCAGGUGUUUAUGUACGUAUUUCAGCAUAUGUAGACUGGAUUGACAGCAUCAUGGCUAAUAAUUCUUAAAACCCAUUUCAUAUUGUAAGCUUUUGUUGACGGCUAGCUAUCUUGUAUAGAGUACAUUCAUAGCACUGUUAUAAUCAAAUAGUACAGCCCACAAAAAUGAAAUAACUUCUGUAAAGAAUGUUUAUUAAGCAGCAAGAGAAGGAAAAUGAGGGCAAGAACUGCAAGAUGUGUAGGCCUUUCACAGAAUUCUGAAGUCAUUUGCAGAAUUUUACACAGGAAGUGACUGCCGAUACAGACAGCUGUACUGCUCUACACCUUUUGUAUAAUACCAAGACAGCAAUGAAAACAAAAUAGCUGACAAUGCUAAAAGAAAAAAAGGCACAAGAACUUUCUAUAUUUUGCUGAUACAUUGCUGAAAUACUUUUACAUUUUUAUUAAAGUUUGCCAUCUUAGGUAAUGCUUUCAACUGUCGUAGGCAGCACAAUUCAAUAUCUUUUUUUUUUUUUAGUAUUGUCCUAAUUUCUGUUUCAUUAAUUAUUCAUAACUUUUAUUGUUAAACAUAAACCUUUAACCUGUGAUCUCUCAUGUGAUUAGUUGCCAUUUAUAAAAAAAGCAACCAAUGUCUCCAACUAUCAAAGAGCUUUAAUGUUGAAAUAUACGGAUAGUAUACUUUAUUAGUUUUUAUAUUCCUUUAUAUAAUUCCAAUGUAUUGCUUAGUCUAGUAAUGGUAUAAUCAAAGGUUUUUAUUUUGUUAGUUGAUAGGUUUUAAAUUAGUCAGUUGUGUUUAUUUCAUGAUUGGGGGGUAAUUUUUUCACUGCUAUUUAUGUGUGUAUGUUCUAUGUAACAAUCCUGUUACUCUGAUGAAGUCUUAGUAUAAAGACAAAAGCUCUCAGGAUUGUAUUUCAGCAUUAAAGCUCUUGAUGGUGGUUGUUUUUUAUUUUUGUUUUUUUAGUUAUAGUAUUUUUUUUGUUUUCAAUUAUUUGACAUUUGUUGCGUCAAAGUGACUGUUAUUGUUGAAGGGCAAUGUGCUGACAUUUUAGAAUUUGGCUUAGGCCAAAGGUUCAUUGUUUAUUAUAAAGGUAAAGGAAACAGUGAGAGAUUUUCUUAUUGCCAAUGUGAUGAAUUUUGUAGUGUUGCCACAUGUUUUUUUUUAACAUGCUUUUCCAUGCUAUAUACAGUGAAUUACAACUUUCACACAUUGUAUUAUAAAUAGAUUCCCUUUUGGAAUGUGAACCAUUUUUGUAUCCUGAGCUAACCUAUGAGGUUCUUAACAGUAUAUUAAAACAUGUUUUAUUUCAAA